UUCUGCCCCAAGUCCUGAGGGAAUGUUGGAGGAUCCUGUGCAGCUUUGGUUGGGAGGCACCUGCAGCAAGGCUUUGAGCCCUUUGAUGGCAGAAACAAAUCCCCUUUUGGAAGGACUCCAGUUUCUCCAACUCCCCUGCAUUGAUAUCUACUCUGAUUGCUUGGAGAUAGUGAACAUUGCAAAAGGAAUCAAUCCUAUUCCCUGGUUUUUGAGGAAUAUGUUGCUAGAUAGCUUCUUCCUUUUUUAUUCACUACAUGUCCUAGGUAUUUACCAUGUCCCCAGGGCUCAUAAUUGUGUAAGCCACACCUUGGCCAAUUUUGCAAGAUCCCAGUUUUCCAGCUUUAUGUUUUCUGCUGCUGAUUCCCUCGUUGCUCAGUUUAUAACACAGCUUUGAUCAAUAGAUAGUUACCUUUGUUAAAAAAAAAAAGAAACUGUAUGAAUUAUUUGUUGAAUGUUUUACUAUUCUUUGAGUACAGCUGAGUUAAUCCCAUGGAGUUUGUUAGCUCCACCAUGUCCCCCUUAUAUCCAGUGUAUGGUACGAUGCAUACGCUGACAUUCAAUUCUAGACAUAAUGGUAUGCGUCUUAGCGUCUAAUAUGGUAGAAUUCUUGCAUCUACCCCAACAAAUAAUGUGGUUUGACUAUUUUUGUCAGGCACUUGACAAACUCUUUUAAGUUUUUGGUCACAUAUGUACUUAUAUGUUGAUAACAUAAAACAAUCGUUUUUUGCUUUUUCAAGUUUCUGAAAAGCUUGUAAUAUUUUACAUUUGAUGACAAGAAUAUAUAAGCAUUAUAUCAAUUACAAGGAUUAUUAUUCUUUACAUUUGCCUAUAUUUCCUUAGCAUGCAUCUGAUUCUGAUGGAUAGUCCAUAUCAAAGAAAGAAUGGUUGUCUUAGCAUCCAUAUGUUGUUUGGUUUAUGGAUUCCAGAUGUUUCAUUUCUUGUUUAAUUCACUUUUAGCAGUUGUUCAUUUAUACCUAUGGAAUAUCUCAUUCUCAUUCUGAAUAUAAUGUUUUUCUCAAUCUCUAGACAUUGGCUAUGCAGCUUAUACCUAGAAAAGUUCAUGGAAAUUUCAGUACGGAAAAUGAAAGGAGAAGAAAAAUUAACAAAUUUAAGGAAUCAGCAUGGAAGAGUGUUUAUUUUCUUUCAGGAGAGUCUCUGUUCCUGCCUGUUACAUACAGUGAACCAUGGUUUACAAAGUACCAGAUACUUAUGGAUAGGACCAGGAGAUCAGGUCUGGCCAGAUCAGAAAAUAAAGCAGUUUACACGUAUGCUGCUGCAUUCUACGCAUCCUCCAUAUUUGCACUAUGUUCUGGGAAACAAGACAAUCCGAUUUCGAUGUGUCAAUGCCUAUCAUUUAGCAACUUUGGUUCUUAUUCAGCCGUCUUACAUACUCAGUUUUGCUCAUGUUGGUUCAGUCGUUUUCGCCAGACAUGAGGCAAGUGAUGUGUUUUUGGAAGUGGGAAGAUGGCCAAGUAUAAUGGCUCUGAAUGGUUUGCUAACACAUCAUUUCUUCUGUUUGUUGCAUCACGGAUUUUACCUUGGCUUGCGUACCAUCCAUUCUGGAUCCUCCGAAGUACAAGGACAACAAGAAGCACAAGUUUGAAGGACAACACUCUUCUAUUCUCGCUACUUGUUCUUCACAUGUAUUGGUGGGUUUUGAUCUACCAGACUCUUGUAAAAGAAAUCAUGGCUAGAGGUAGUGUUGGAGACGAUAUUCGAUCGGAUUCAGAGAGUGAAGAGGAACAUGAAGAUUAACAGGGAUAUCUUCUGACUACUGCUGAUAUGUUAACAAUGAGGCCACAAAAGAUCAUGAUUCAAUAUCAUUGACAUUAGUAUCUGGAUUUCCGUUGUGCUGAUAUUAUGGCAGCUACUAGUACUCAAAUGGCUUACAAGUUGUGGAAAAAGGUCAGCCUGUUCUCUAUUUACAGGUUGACUUUUACAACCAGAGAUUCACCAGAUGGAAACAAACAUCUCUUCAGCAUGAUUUUGUUGCCCAAACUGGUGAGUUGUUGUGACUGGAGAUGCCUCCUCAACACAGAUCCACAAGAAUGAUGCCUAAUUCUCAUUUUUGUCACCUGGAUUAAAGCAUGUCAGAUGCUCCAAAAUGUUGUGAAAGGGAGGUAUUCUGCUAUCUUCCCCCUGUACCUGCCUUACACAUACAAACAAACAAACGAAUGAUGAACCUGACAUUUUCUCCUAGUAUAUGACCAAUCAAAAGUUGAGAAACAUUGGCACCUCCUUUUGGUUUAAACAAUUGCGCUUGAUAAGCAUUUUGUUUGAACAGCUAGCAAUCUUAAGCAAGUAAACCUUGCUGUAAAGUUUGGAUCAAAGUUGACUUGGAAGUGUAAACUCUCAUGGCUGGGGAGGGA